AUGGCAACAUCCAUUCAGCAAAAUCCAUUGCGGGUGCGCACGCUAGAAGUCCUGUGGCAUUGGAGGGAAAUCGACGAUGAGGCGCUGCAGUUUGGUCUCCAGGGAGGUAGUAUCGAAGGUAUUGUUUCUAUAGAUUACAAUCGAGUAGAAGAUCGCAUAGUUACUUCAGGUGGCGACAGAUACAUACGCCUAUGGAACCUCAAUAUCGCUGCAAUUGACCGGUGGCUUAAAAAUAGUGAGAGCGGCAUGGAAGAUUGCGUUCAGUUUAUAUGUGGUGGGGUAACACCGUGGAUGCCUUUGACCGCACGGUGGGCACCAAACGGCCGUCUUAUCGCCUCGGGCCACUGUGAUGGAAAAAUAUGCCUGUGGUGGAAGGAGAGCAGUAGAGAUGGUGAGCCUGAGCAAUGGAAGGAUUAUAGACAUCUUUCCGGACACGUGAUUGAUGUGCACGAUGUGUGCUUCUCGCCAGACUCGCGUUACCUCCUCAGUGCCGGUGGUGAUGGGACGGUUGUGCUGCACGAUCUUGAGGGAAGCACCAUGCCGGUGGUGCAGCUUCAGGAGGCACACAGCAAGUUUUGUCGUGGUGUGGCGUGGGAUCCUUGGAUGCACUAUGUUGCUAGUUGCGGCAGUGGGCCAGCGUUGUAUAUUAUGCAAGGGCCGAAGCACGGAGCGAAGCGAGCCUCUCUGGUAUCCCAGCGAAAGGCACAGGGAGAUUUUAUUGGCGAGUCGUGUAGUGCAUCAUAUCGACGCCUUGCAUGGUCGCCGGAUGGUGCGAUUCUUGCGGUACCGUACGGUAAAGUUUCGCAACACAAACACUCACGUUCCGCUUGCAGUGGUGGUGGGUCGGAAGAUGCGACAGCUGGAGCCGCUGCGGGAGAGGACCGUUGGAAGAAUUCUAUGGUACAUUGCGUUUACAUGUACAUACGUAACGCUCCGGAUAAAGUUGCAGCCCGCUUAACGGUGCGGGGUGAUGCGGAGGUGCGAGGUGUACAAUGGGCCCCGUGUUUCCUGGAACCCAUAGAUGAAAUAACGUGUAAUGAAGAACAAAACGACACGACUGCAGCUGAGGUAAGCAACCAAGCGAGAAAAAGUGGACCCACAGCAGAAGAAAAAGGUUCGUGGGGCCCCGCUGAUUACCGCAUGGCAUUAGCAGUAUGGACUGCAGAUGCUGUCAUGGUAUAUACCACAGACAGUGAAGUUCGGCACAGUGACUUCACGGAUUUACAUAUGCGCAGCAUCUACGAUGUGGCAUGGAGCCCUGACGCAUCUUACCUUUUAACGGCUGGACUUGAUGGUUACAUUACCGUCAUAUCAACUGGCGGUUCUCUCGGUGUUGCCCACCGUUUGCCUUUGUUCUCCAAGAAACCAACGACAAGGAGGUUGUGCACCGUGUUGCAGAAUGUGAAAACGGAAAGUGAAACGUUGGGACCAGGGAGAGGAGCAACAAAAACGACUAAUGCAGCAACGAAAAAGGAACCCGUUGGUGGUGAAGAGGCGGAAAACGCGAGCAGUAACACUGUCGUGCACGCGCCGGUGAAAAAGAAAAAGAAGUUAGAGCCACAAGCGCAGGAAAUGUAUCCGGCAAAAGAGGAACCAGAUACUGCUGUGAGCCUUGGUGAGCUUUCCAAACUUAUGGAUAACCUCAACGAUUAA